UUCAUGGCUGCGAGCUUGUCGAGGUGGUUGUGUCAACAGCGAGCGAAGCUACCGUUAACCGAGCUGUAAAGAGGCUCAAGAUGGAACCGGUCGACUGAUUUGAGGCUUCCAAGCGCAGCGCACAGCUACGGAUAUAUCGCAUCUUGCUGUGAGUGACCCCGAGUUUCAUCCAGCGGUCUCCUCCUGCUCUCCGUCGGGCCUCCUCGUCGUGGCCCAGCAGGACUCGAGUGAAGUUGGGAGCGGGCUACCAAAGUUCUGCUUCCCCCGGCGGCUCUCCGCGGGGCCCGGGGCUCCUGUCACCGGCCCUGUGGAUGAGCGAGUAAAGAGAACUUAAACCAACCUCCAGGAGAAAGGAAUCCCUUUGAUGGGAGAAUCCUCUUUCCUGGCCUCCUGGGUCAAUCGCGGUGUCAUGAUGGAUGAGCAGGAGGCGCUGAACUCGAUCAUGCAGGACCUGGCCGAACUGCAUCGCUCCAGCCGUCCUGCCAUGUUCCUGUCGGACCUGGGCAAACCCAAAGCCUCCUCUCCCAAGAACCAGAACGACGUGAGAGUCAAGUUCGAGUUCAAAGGAGAGAAAAGGAUCUUACAGUUCCCUCGACCUGUCAAGCUGGAGGACCUACGAACGAAAGCUAAAGUGGCCUUUGGCCAGACGAUGGACCUUCACUACACCAACAAUGAGUUGGUGAUUCCUCUGACCACUCAGGACGACCUGGACAAAGCUGUGGAGCUGCUGAAUCGCAGUGUUCACAUGAAGAGCUUGAAGAUCCUCCUCGUGCUCCAGAACUCCUCUCAGAACUCUUCAUCCAACAUGGAGUUGUUGCCGUCCCACGAGGAACUGGACAACACGGGCUUCAGGGUGGCAGACAAGAAAAGCAUGCUGGCUUUGAUAGGUUCCCAUUCAACGGACCGCAGCUCUCCUCCUCCAGGAUACAUUCCCGACGCUCUCCAGCAGGUGGCGAGAAACGGCUCCUUCACCAGCAUCAACAGUGAGGGCGAGUUCAUCCCCGAGAGCAUGGACCAGAUGUUGGACCCGUUGUCCAUGAGCAGUCCGGAGAACUCUGCGUCCGGAAGCUGUCCCUCUUUAGACAGUCCGCUAGACAGUGACUACCCCAAGUCCAGGAUGCCCCGAGCACAGAGCUACCCCGACAACCAUCAGGACUUUCCAGAGUACGACAUCCCUGUUUUCGAGAAGUCUGGGAAAGGGGGGACGUAUCCCCGCCGGUACGGUAUUCCCUUUGGCCAGGAUUAUAGCGAUGGGCGGAAAACCUUCCCUCGGGCUCGGCGAACACAGGUCCACGGCUUCCGCUCCCCCGUCAGCUUCAGCCCCACCGAGCAGUCCCCGAGCACCAGCAGCGGCAGCAGCGUCUUCACCCCGGACCUGGAGGAGGCCCCCGGGCCGGCCAGGAGGCCCCGGAGGGGCAGCGACAUCGAGCCCAACCCCAACCCCACCGCCCCCACCCUCUCCGUCAUGGACAUCAGUCCGCCCAGCCGCUCUCCUCGGGCUCCGACCAACUGGCGCCUGGGGAAGCUGCUGGGACAGGGCGCCUUCGGACGGGUCUUCCUGUGCUACGACGCCGACACGGGACGGGAACUGGCUGUGAAGCAGGUCCAGUUUGAUCCCGAGAGUCCUGAAACCAGCAAGGAGGUGAGCGCCCUCGAGUGUGAAAUCCAGCUUCUGAAAAACUUGUGCCAUGAGCGGAUCGUCCAGUACUACGGCUGUCUGCGAGACUCCAUGGAGCGGACGCUCUCCAUCUUCAUGGAGUACAUGCCUGGAGGCUCCAUUAAGGACCAGCUGAAGUCUUACGGCGCUCUGACGGAAAAUGUGACUCGUCGCUACACCCGACAGAUUCUCGAGGGCGUUUCCUACCUGCACAGCAACAUGAUCGUCCACAGGGACAUCAAAGGGGCCAACAUCCUCCGUGACUCUGUGGGCAACGUGAAGCUGGGAGACUUCGGGGCCAGCCGGCGGCUGCAGACCAUCUGCCUGUCCGGAACGGGGAUGAAGUCGGUGACCGGCACCCCCUACUGGAUGAGCCCGGAAGUGAUCAGCGGAGAGGGCUACGGCAGGAAGGCCGACAUCUGGAGCGUGGGCUGCACCGUCGUGGAGAUGCUGACGCAGCGCCCUCCGUGGGCGGAGUUUGAGGCCAUGGCCGCCAUCUUCAAGAUCGCGACGCAGCCCACAAACCCAGUCCUCCCCCCUCACGUGUCGGACCACUGCCGAGAGUUCCUCAAACGGAUUUUUGUGGAGACCAAGCAGCGCCCGUCUGCGGAUGAGCUACUGAGGCACAUCUUUGUACAUUAACUGCUGGAACUCCCCCUCCCCCCACCCCCAGCCCCACCCGCCUGUCAAACAGCCUUAGCUGACGGGGGGACGGUCCCGCCUCUGAGCCCGCCCCCCCCUCUCGCCUCCACAUCGGACCUGGGAGCAGGUGGCGUGUUUGUGCCGGGUGGUGCGUCAAAACGUUUGUACUCGAGUUUUUAUUUUAUUUUUCUCCGCAAGAUGCACCUUAAUUUGUGGAACGGAGGCGCGAAGCCCGUCCUCCCGACGCGAUGAAAAAACAGAAAAGAAAAAAAAACAACAACUCCUUUUUUUAUGUUUGUACGGUUUCCUCUCCUCACGCCUGCCGGAGUGGGAGAGCGUCGGCGUUGUGGACCUACAGGAGCUGAGACCUGACUCUGGACCGGCCCGGUUCCCCCCAGUCUCGCCGACCCGACCCCAGAAUGUAGUCUUCUGCCAAAACCCAGAGCGACGGUGGUGACCUGGGCCCGCUGCUACAGACGGACAAAACACUCCCCGGAAAGUCUCCACUCCCCCUCCCCAGUCUGCGUGCGCUUCGUCUCUCUGCCCUCCUCCUCCUCCUCCUCCAUCAUCUUCGUUCUUUGCCGCGUGCCUUUUCAGUUUCUGUCGGAGUGAGUCUGGACUUGGUGUUGCUUUGCCUCCCGGAUAAAAACUGCCUUCACACCGUUUCGCCCGGAACCGGCGGAGCUCCCUCCAGCCGCGACGUCCGUUUCUGCAUUUUCACUCGAUCUCAGCUCGGCUCAUCCCCUCCUCACCAAAAAAAAAAAAAACCAAGUUACUGUGCCAACAUAAAACUGGGGAGUGGCUGGAGA